AUUGUUUGGUUGCGUUAAGAAUUCUACAGAUUCAAUACGAAGAGGACGUUGUGUGAUUAUCAUUCAUUAAUCACACAUUGAUCUGAGAGAGAGACAGAGAGAAAGAGAGAUCUUGUAUUAUUUGGCGAAUUUGUGGAGGAGAAAUCGAACGAUGAAGGCGGAGAAGAGUCCGAUUCAGUCCGUGAUGGCGUGGAUUCGCCGGCAACCGCCAAAGGUAAAGGCUUUUCUUGGUGUCGUAACGGCAAUGACGGUGCUUGUUUUCCUCAGGGUGAUUGUUCAUGAACACGACAACCUUUUCAUUGCCUCUGAGGCUGUUCAUGCCUUUGGAAUCGCUGUUCUUAUCUACAAGCUCACAAAGGAGAAGACUUGCGCUGGGAUAUCUCUCAAGACACAGGAGCUAACGGCUUUGUUUCUGGCUGUGAGAUUGUAUUGUAGCUUUGUAAUGGAGUUUGAUCUUCAUACAUUACUUGAUUCAGCUACUUUGGUGACCACUCUUUGGGUCAUUUAUAUGAUCCGUUUCAAGCUUAGACCCACUUAUAUGGAAGACAAGGACAAUUUUGCUAUCUACUUCGUCGUAAUCCCAUGUGCUGUUCUGUCUUUCUUCAUUCAUCCAUCAACACGUCACCACAUCAUAAACAGGAUUUCUUGGGCAUUCUGUGUUUAUCUUGAAGCUGUUUCAGUUCUUCCUCAAUUAAGAGUCAUGCAGAACACUAAGAUCGUGGAACCAUUCACAGCUCAUUACGUAUUUGCUUUGGGAAUCGCUAGGUUCUUGAGUUGUGCACACUGGAUCCUUCAGGUGUUGGAUACGCGAGGGCGGUUACUGACUGCAUUAGGGUCUGGACUGUGGCCUGUAAUGGUCCUCAUCUCUGAAAUCGUCCAAACCUUCAUUCUCGCAGAUUUCUGCUAUUACUAUGUUCAGAGUUUAAUGGGUGGACAGCUCGUUCUUCGUCUCCCGUCUGGUGUGGUGUAAGAAGCUUUGUGAAAAUGGAGGGCUUGAGCUUGUGGAGGUUUAAUGAUUAGAGAUUUUUGAGAUACUCAUAAUUUAAAAGUUUUUGAUAGCAAAGAAACAUUUAUUUAGAAUUAGCUUUCCAAAAUAAAGUUAAAAUCGGAUU